AGUGCAAAUUAUACUUAAUAACGUGUAAAUCAAUAUAAAAAUACCCGCAAUGAAAAUUAAUCCACAAUUAUUAUAAUCCUGAACUUCGACCCUCAAAAGAAAAUGCAGCAAUUUAGAAUUUUCAAUGCCGAUCUCACCGAAUUAAAUUCUUUGUGAAUGCAGUAAAUAACUUAAAAACCCUUUAUACCGAUAUUAAACUCGCAAUGAAAUUUCUGGUGGCAUUUCCCUUGAUACUGGCCGGAUUGGCUUCAGCUCAAUUUGGUGGACUGAGACCAGGUCAAAGAUUGGGCGCAGCUAUUGGCAACGUGGCCAAUCGAGUUCAAGAUAGACUAGCCGGUAUAGCCAGCAGAUUGCCAGCGCCUCCAGCUCUGAGAGAUGUGGAAAACUUCGGCGAUUUCUUAACCCAAUCGGGAAAGACAUAUUUGAAUGAAGCUGAUCGAGUCCUGCAUGAAAAUGUAUUUUCCGCCCGCAAAAACUUGGUGGAUGCUGGCAAUGAAGCAUUCAGCAAAGGGACUUCCACAUAUAAAUUGGCUGUGAAUGCAUUUGCCGAUUUAACCAAUGCCGAAUUUCUUUCCCAACUUACUGGUCGUAGGAAAUCCAACCAGGGAGAGUCUAAGGUUGCUGCCAGUCGUCAGAGUGCCCAUGUGCAGCCAGGUGGCAAUGUACCUGAUGCAUUCGAUUGGCGCCAACAAGGUGGAGUUACUUCUGUGAAAUAUCAGGGCACUUGCGGCUCCUGUUGGGCAUUCGCUACUACGGGUGCCAUAGAGGGUCAUGUCUUUAGAAAAACUGGUAAACUGCCAAAUCUCUCGGAGCAAAAUCUGGUGGAUUGCGGCUCCUUGGAUUUCGGUCUCAAUGGCUGCGACGGUGGAUAUCAGGAAUAUGCCAUGGCUUUUAUUAAUGAGAAGCAGCGUGGUAUUUCGAAGUCGGAUCAAUAUCCUUAUAUAGACAACAAGGAGACCUGUAAAUAUACGAACUCUCUGUCAGGCGCUCAGAUCACUGGAUUUGCCUCGAUUCCCCCAAAAGAUGAGGCUCUAAUGAAAAAAGUUAUUGCUACUUUGGGUCCUCUGGCUUGCUCUUUGAAUGGAUUGGAGAGCUUGCUGCUCUAUAAGAGCGGUAUAUAUGCCGACGAGAAGUGCAAUGAUGAUGAACCCAAUCAUUCAGUUCUUGUGGUGGGAUAUGGCUCCGAGAAGGGUCAAGAUUAUUGGAUUAUCAAGAACUCUUGGGAUAAAAAUUGGGGUGAGGAUGGUUAUUUCCGUUUGCCUCGCGGCAAGAACUUCUGCGGCAUUGCUCUUGAGUGCAGUUAUCCAAUAGUUUGAAAUUAAAUUGUUAUCAUAAGUUAAUAAAUCACAAACAAUUUCAAA